CCCGUUAACUCAAAAUAUCAGAAAAUUCCUCAUAGAGACAAGAAAGAAAGACAGGGAGAAAGAUAGUAGGAAUGGCGGUCGGAAGGAGAAACCAAGUACUUUUGGGGUUGGCGUUGGUGAUGAUUUUGGGAAUAGCUGUUUACUUGAGACUUUGGACCAUAGACUACACUGUCUCUGCUGAUGACACUGAGCUCCUGAGACGGCAGUUUGACCUCGCUAACAAAGAGGCGAUGGAUGAAUCUGCAGAGUGGAGGUUGAAAUAUGAUGUGGAAGCUGAAAGGGCUACUAAAUGUUUGGGGGAACUUAAUAAGCAGAUUAAGGAGUCUUAUAAGAAGGAUGAGCAUGAUGGUAACAUCAACCAGAAAUUGGCUGUGCUAAAGAAGGAAAACGCAGCAUUACUUGCACAAGUUGAAGCCUUAAAACAAGAACUCGAGUCUGAGAAGCUGAAGUGCAGCUUACCUUAGAUUAAAAUUUCAUUGCUUCAAAGGAAGAAAAAAAAAAAAAAAAAAAACAAAAAUCUCUGAUAACAAGAUAUUACCUUUUCUUCUUGGCUUUCCAACUACAUACUCAUCCAAGUAAAGAAUUCCAUGAGGAUGAUUUACACUGCAGAUUUGUGGCCUCUGGCUGGUUACUUGACUAUGGGAAAGGUCUUUUUCAAUGAGACUGGCAUGUUCCCUCAGUUUACUGAGCAACAGAAAAACGACAAGGAAUGACAAUGCCUGAUCUAGUGCUGGGUGGUAAAAAUUCUGUAGCUAACUGGAGAUUUCAUUAUUCAUUAAAGCUUGAGAGAGGGUGGUUUAGUAGAAUUUUUCUGCUAGGUCUUGCCAAGUAAUGCAAGUUCUUUACUGUUCUUUGUUUUGGGGUGGGGAGGGAAGUUUUUCCUUCUAAUACAUAUUUUCAUGAAUUUUGUGCCUGUGAUUCAUGUAAUUGAAAAAUUGGGAGUUCCAGACAACUUUAUCUCACAUCAGUUAUGUUUUGAAUAAAAAUUGCUUGAUAUGUUGGUCA